GUCAGCUGACUGAUUUAACUGUCAUGUAUAAAAACAUGGCGAUCACCAUUUUUUAAUUUUUUUUUCUUUCGGUGUUUUUUAAAAAUUAUUCAGUGAAAACGUCGAGAAUACAGUGUUAUAAAAUAUACCGAACAUAAAAAAAUAAACUAUAUUUCUUAUAUACGUGAAGCAGAAUUGCAAUGGGAGCUGACAUUGAACAAUGCUUUGGUCAUUUCAUUAAUCUAUUUAAUUGUUUUAAUUUCAUUGUAAUUUUUCGUCUACUGUUAGGAGUUAGCGUUGUUUUUCAUUUUUAGUAUAUUUUAGCUAAUCUAUUACAUUAGGUAUUCUCUAGGGAUUAGUUUUAAGUAAUAGGUUUUCAUUUCAUGUAUUUUUAGAUUUAAUGCUUUAAUUAUUAGCUAAGAUGAAUAUUCAAGUGUGUAGGGACACCUCAGACGCUGUGGCGCUAUAUUUGCCUCAGCGUUUGUAUUUAAAGUCAUUCGCAAAGCUAAACAUUUCUGUCCAGCUCCCUUCUCACAAGGUACACAACAAAUCAAUUUCCAAUUGGGAAUUGAUGGAGAAAUUUCGCAAGAUGAUCCUACCUGAUGGAUUCUCAAUACUGAAAGUGUCGAAGCACAGUUCUGAAGUGAUAAGGUUUGAUGCUGAAUUGGAAAAUAGAAGCAAAUUAGAACGAGUAAUGUCGCGGCUUGAUGAUCGUGUCAUCCAAUUAAAUGAUUACCCUGAACCCUUAAAGGUUAGGGUAUCAGAGGCAAAAUCUGAUUUCCCAAGCAGACAUUCUUGGGAUUCUUUCUUCCGUGACUCAACUGAUAUGGAUGAGAUGAAGCCUGGUGAAAGACCAGAUACAAUUCACAUAGAGAAUUUGCCUAUACGUUGGUUUGUGCACGAAAAGGAACUUGACGAUGAUGCCCCUCCAUCAGAAAGUAUAUUCAGAAAGGUUUUUGAGAAGUUCGGGUCUGUCCGACAAGUUGAUGUACCAGUUGCGGAUCCAUUCAGGAUGCAGAUGAAAUCUACAAUGAGGGGUACAACCACAUCUGCACAGGAUGCUGCAUUGUAUUUUGAUGGCUAUGUGCAGUUCAGUGAAUAUGUUGGCUUUGUUCGGUGCAUGGACGCGUUACGAGGGCGGAAAUUACUACGAAAGCGUGAUGACAUUGCUGAGUGGUGUGGUAUAAGAGUAGAUUUUGAUAAGACCAAGCAUAUGACAGAUGCGGCUGUGAAGAGAAGAGCAAUAGUCCGUGAGAGGCUUCUAGCACGGCAGCAGAGCAAGGAAGAAGAGGAGAGAAAAGAGAGAGAGAAGAUUAAUAAGAGACAAGCUAAGGAAAGACUGAAGGCUGAGCAAGCAGAACAAGAGAAAUUACAGAAAAUGAGAGAAAGAGAAGAGAGAAGAAAAAAGAAGCAAUUGGCCAAAUUGAUGCAGAGAGAUGAUGUGGAUGUGAAUGGAAAAGUGGUUGAGGAGCAUCGGAAAUUGUUGAAAGCACAGAAAAAACUGCAGGCCAUAAGGUUGCUUGAAGAACUCUUUAUGAGAAUAGAACUUCGGCCUGAGUUACAACGUAAUGGCAAAGUGCAUCAUUACCACGCGUCCAUGCAGCGAAUAGAGCGCGCCCGAUUCGUGGAGAGCUUCAAACGAAAGCAAGAGGAUCUGGUUGAUUCUAUGCGCAAUCAGUUUAAGCAUGCAUUAGAUGGUCGCGUAGUUAUAAGGACUGCCCUUGAAACGAAAAAACACGUAAAGGCUUCCUCAGUAAGUUCCAUAUCCUCCGAUGAGGAGGUCGGUCCCAAAAGAGUAAAGACUGAGCGUUUGACCACGCCUGAAAGGGAAAUGGAGUAUAAUAAAGUUACAGGAAUGUACGGCAUCCCGCCCUACGGUUUUGGGUACCCAUUCCCAGCAGUGCCGCCUGGGUAUCCUUAUCCCCCGCAAACGUCGAUGUACUACCCGGUGCGCGGCGCGUACUACCCGCCGCCGGCCGAGCCGGGCUACGCGCGGCGGGCCGCGGGCCGGGGCGGCGCGGGGCGCGGGCGGGGCCGCGGCCGCGGCUGCCGCAUGCCCUACUUCGACGGGCCCGACGCCAGCCACCAGUACUACUUAUACUUCAAGAAACUAACUGAGGCGGAGAAUCACCACGAGCACGACGACCGCGGGCGGUCGCGGUCGCGAUCACGGCGCCGAUCAUACUCGCGCUCACGGUCGCGCUCGCGGUCGCGGUCGCGCCGUCGCUCGUACACGCGGUCGCGGUCGCGGUCUCGCACGCGGCGGUCACGGAGUCGCCGCUCCAGGAGCCGGAGCAGGCGGUCGCGGUCCAGAAGUCGCAGGUCAAGAUCUCAUCACUCGCGGUCAAGGUCACGUAAACGGUCAAAGUCUAGAAGCCGUCGAUCCAGAACUAGGUCCAGAUCAAAAGGCAGGCACCGCACCCACUCCCCCAAGCAAGACGAGCGGAAUGAACAAAAUAGCGAGAGAAAUGACAAAUUAGUAUCGCCCAGUAAAGUUAGACCAAGAGAGAGAUCCAAGAGUUGGUCGCUACCAAAAGAAGGAGAGGGCAAGUCGUGGUCCAAGAGUCCGAAAGAGAAUUGAUUUGAAUAAAUUACAAUUACAUUUUUAAAAAAUGAA